AUGUUUAUUGAAAAUGCCAAACAAACAGAACUAGACAAACUGCGUCAUUUCAACACAUAUGAUGAAGUAGAGGACCAUGGACAGAAUACAACAUCAACCAGAUGGGUAAUAACUGGCAAAGACAGUAAUACAAGAGCUAGGUUAGUUGCACGAGGGUUUGAGGAACAUUCUUUAAUUCCUUCAGAUAGUCCAACAAUAGGUAAAGGGGAUAUCAGGACAUUUCUCACUGUGGCAGCUAGCAAAAGAUGGAUAGUAAAAACAACAGACAUGAAGUUUGCAUUUCUGCAAGGGAAUACAAUACAAAGGGAAGUGUUCAUUAAACCUCCCUAUGAAAGUAACACACCAGUUGGUUUUAUAUGGAAGCUAAAGCAUGGAAUAUACGGCUUAAAAGAUGGUGCUCGUCAGUUUUACAUGAGUGUGCGAGAUGAGCUGCUUAAACUAGGAUGCAGUCAAUCAAAAAUGGACCCUGCUAUGUUCACUUAA